GAACGGAACGGACGCCCCGGUAACCAUUCGCCAUUUCGCUGCGCUUUCGAGCGGGAAACGGCGGCGGCGCCGGAGAUGGCGGGCGUUCCGGGCGCGGGCGGCGGCGGGCACCAACAGGGUCGGGCGUCCCAGGCGAGGCGCGGUUGCGGGCGGCACGAGGGCGGCGGCGCCGGGCGUUCGGUUCGGGGGGAGCGGCUGCGCGGGUGCGGAGGCGGCGCAGGACGGAGGUCCCGCGGCGGGUGGCGGUGCCCAAGCCCGUGGCGGCGUGGGGAGGUUUCACCGGGAUCAUGUUCCAGAGGAAAGGGAGCCAAAACUAGGCCGUGUGAGUGCUUAUGAGCAAUCGGUGAAAAAAAUAUGCUGAUAAGAAGUCCAAUAUUGUUAUCAAUCCGGCAAUAGGCAUGUCCUUUGAUUCCCAAGCUGAAGCAUUUGAGUUCUACAACUUGUAUUCCUGGGUGGUGGGGUUUGGAAUACAAUGGGGGAAUACAAUGGAAUAGCAGCGCUAAGAAUACAUGCAAAAGUGUUAUGGUGCAAGAGAUAGUCUGCAGCUGUGAGGGCAAAGCAGAGCUGUCUAACUCUGCAUCUGUGAGAACUGAUUGCAAGGCUAGGAUCCAGCUACACAAAUUUAAUGACAAUGGAUGGGAGCUCCCAGAAGAAGAAGAUGCAUGCAAGACUAUUGAGUUGUUUGAUCAAUUCAGUUCGUUGAGAAGGGAUGAUCCAAGCUUCCAGUUUCGUGUUGAGUUGGAUGAUACUAAGAGACAGUUUAAGUCUGUGUUAUGGACGAAUGGGCGUAGCAGGAUGCAAUAUGCACAAACAUUUGAUACAACGUAUAGAAGUAAGCUGUAUGACAUGCCUUUUGGCUUGUUUGUUGGUGUUAAUAAUCACUACCAAAGUGUCAUACUAGGAGGAGUGCUGAUGCAACAUGAGACAGUUGAAACUCUCAAAUGAGUGUUCCGUGAGUUCAUUACAUUAAUUGGGAGGGGG